GGAUUUUAUCUGCAUAUUGUGUCCGGUUCUACCGGGGGAUGCUAACGGAAUAACGACUACAGUCAUGCGUUCAUCAACAGACGAAAAAUAAACAUUGCAACGGUGUCAUUCUGUUCAUAAUAGUAAUAUUUUCACAAUAGUAAUAUUUGAUGAAAUACCGUGUGGAAUAAGCAGCUACAUUUGACAUUUUGGGAGAUUUGACUACUGCACCUACACAGCAGACGACCACCAUGGCAGACAGUUUUAUGGGCAAGGCGGCUACCAUGGAGAUUCCUAUCAACAGCAAUGGAGAGACCCUGGCCGAGGAUGACAGUUUGGAGCAGGCUGCAAAGAUUCAGUGGACCUUAGAUGAGAAGGACCUGCAGCAGGUGAUGGUGUCUGGUCCCAACCUGAAUGAGACCAGCAUCGUGUCUGGAGGCUACGGAGGACCUGCAGGGGGCAUCAUACCCACCUCCUCCAUCAAAGGUACACACAGCUCUACUGCUCUCACUAGCUCCAUUAAAGAGCUGCGAAUGAAUUCCAGGGGACAGGGUGUAGGUCUGGUCCCCAGCCAGCCAGCAGCCAGCAGGAUAGCCAACCAGAACCAGACCGACCAGCCAUUCACAGGGUCGGGGAUGCACCACAGUAACAGCAACCAGAACAUGUCAGUGGAGGAGGCUAACCGUGGUGUGGCUGUGGAGAAACUAGACAGUGUUAAGAAGUGGGGCAUCAACACCUACAAGUGUACCAAGCAGAUGUUCUCGGAGCGGUUCGGCCGUGGUUCUCGGACGGUGGACCUGGAGCUGGAGGCCCAGAUAGACGUGCUUAGGGACACCAAGAGGAAGUACGAGUCUGUCCUGAGACUGACCAGCGCCCUGACCAGCCACUUCUACAACAUGGUCCAGACCCAGCAGGCCCUGGGGGACACCUUCGCGGACCUCAGCCAGAAAUCACCUGAACUACGGGAUGAGUUUGGCUACAACGCGGAGACCCAGAAGUUGUUGUGUAGGAAUGGGGAGGCUCUUCUUGGAGCCAUCAACUUUUUUGUGUCCAGCAUCAAUACACUGGUCAACAAGACCAUGGAGGACACACUGAUGACCAUCAAACUGUACGAGGCUGCAAGGCUGGAGUUUGAUGCGUACAGGGCCGACCUGGAGGAGUUGAGUCUGGGUCCUCGUGAUGCUGCCACCAUGGUGCGUAUAGAGGUGUCCCAGCAGCAGUACCAGGUGCAGAGAGACAAGUACGAACGGCUGCGCUCAGACGUCACCAUCAAACUCAAGUUCCUGGAGGAGAACAAGGUAAAGGUGAUGCACAAGCAGCUGCUCCUCUUCCAUAAUGCUAUCUCAGCCUACUUCGCUGGGAACCAGCAGCAGUUGGAACAGACACUGAGACAGUUCAACGUCAAGUUAAAGCCCCCAGGGUCAGACAAGCCCUCCUGGCUGGAGGAGAGCUAGAGUGAUCAGCUCCCAGUCUUCUGGGCCCGUAUCAAGCAUCUCCGAGUACGAAUACUGAUCCAAGAUCAGUUUUGCCUUUUAGAUCAUAAUGAAUCAGAUUAUAUGGACAGGCAUUAGAUCUUAGAUCAGCACUCCUACUCUGAGAUGCUUGAUACAUAUGGCCCCAGGUCUCAGUCAGGUCUCUGGUAUAUUAGGGACACAGACGGAGAGACACACCGGGGUUGGAAGAAACAAGAGGAAUGGAUGGAUGAGUAGACGGAUGAACGGAUAUAUGAAACCUACACAAACUGUAUAUACAAACCAGAGAUGGGACAAGUAGAGACUAGUGAUGAUGAUACUAAGGGGAAAAGAACGCUUAUCAUUUACAUUUAGUUUUGCCAAUACAUUGCUCAUUUGUUUAUAGAAUGUCUAUUUUAUGUUGAUUUGUUGUGUUAAUAAUUAUUCUCAACAGAGCGUCAUUAUGUUGUUGCUAUCUAGCGUAACUUUUAAUUUAUCAUACUUUGAGAAGUUAUUCUAAGAUUAUACUUUGCACAUAAAUGUAAUCAUUAUUUUCAAA